AUUAAACGAUAGACCGGGUAUACAAAAAGUUUAAAAAGGAGUACUACAAACAGAAGUGGUAUUGAUCAUUUUGAUAGGUAUUGGUACAAUAUAUGGUGCUGCAUGGUUGACGUUAAUACCCCAGAUCGAUAAACUUUAAUUUUAUAUUAUUUUUAUAAGAGUACAUCUUACUUAUAAAUACGUCAAAUAUUAAUUAGUUGUGGCAGUUGUACAAAAUCCAAUGUUAAGUAAAGUUCGUCUCUAAACUUUGGAUAUCAUACAUCAUAGUCAGAAUUUGACUAUUAAACAUGGGGAAAGGACACGGAGAACACCCUCCGAGAAAGUUUGUUGGUGAUCAGUAUUUUUGUGAGGUGUGUAUAUUUGGUUUCAUGGCAGCAAGUAUAUCACUGUCCAGUCUGAGCGCUGGUAUGGAUGAUGGGGGAACAUUUCCCUACCAAUACUUCUUCACUGGAUUUAUUUUAGGACCUAUCCUUCUCGUGAACCUAAUAUCAAGAAUAUAUGUUGUCAACGCUGUUGAGAAGAAAGGAGUGACCAGAAAGAACAUAAUAAAAAUACUGACGAAAACAACAAUUGGUAAUAUUAUCUGGCCAUGGACCUGCAGAGUUGGAAUGUUAUGGUGUAUUCCUGGUAUACUUCUUACUGCAAUAGGUGGUGUUAAUUGUGGAAUAGAUAAAAAAGAAAAUAAUACUGUUGUUGUGAGAAACACUUGCUACUAUGAUAUCGAAGGUGAACGGGGAGAUAUGUACAGAGGCCUUGCAAUUGGUCUGCUUGUUGUGCAUAUAUUUUCAUUUAUUUACUUGCUUUUAAGUAACUGUCCGGUACACACAGUCCUUGAGCAAAUAAAAGAAGAUCCAAAACCUGCCAGAAAUAACACAAAUAGACGUAAUGCACAGCCUUUUUCCAACACAACAGCUCCAGCUGCGGGUACAAGUGCUAAUUCGACGAGUGCAAGCGCUAAUACAAAUGGUGCAAGUGCUGCAGGGACAAGAAACACUAGAGAGUUGGCGGAAACGAUUGAACGACUAGAAACUAGGAUAAGAGAAAUUGAAAACAGGGAAACUACUCGCGUCCAAGCGUUUAGUUAUAGUGGAAUUGCCGAACCACCUUCUUACAGUCAGCUUCUGGAAGAAACAUCUAUUGAAAACAAGUCAAGGGCACAUCCUGUUUAAACAUUUCAUUGUUGUGAUAUUUACUUUUGUUAUUGUUCAUUUGAGACCUACGAUAUCGGAUGUUGUUACCAUAGUAGGGAAACACCGAAAUCAAUGGAAAAUUAAAAACUGAGAACUAUCAGAAAUUCAAGUGAAGUAGAAAAUGAAAGAUGUUGAUUUCUUUUGGGCUUAUUUUCUCUUGUAGUUUUUUAAACAAAGUCAUACAUAUAGCAAUAUUUUAUCGGAAGUGUUGCGUGUUUUAUUGACUUGUCUAUUUUGUUUCACAAAGUAAAUCGAAAAACUAAAAUAUUCAUGUGAAAAUAAUAUAACAAUAGAAAGACAGACAAAUUGUGACGAGGUAUUUUCAAAACAUUUACUUCAGUGUUUAUUCUAUUAAGUUAAAAACAUUUUUUGUAGAUUUCUGUGUAUUUAUGAUUUUCAUGAAUUAAAGGACAAACGACAAUAAUUUAACAAACAUCUCCCGUGAAUUUUUAACAUUCAUCUUUCAAAAUGUAAUUUAGAUACGUAAUUUAUUGCUAGUUUCGUGCAUGUUAUUAACAUAUAAGUCCUUAAGUGUUCUAUUUGUAUUAUUUAUUUUUAAUGACCAUAAUUAUCAUCCUAACAAACAAAGUUAAGAUUAUUAUUUUUCUCGUAUUAAUUGUCGAGUAUAAACAUUAAACAUUCUGAUUUAUAUUAUUUGACAAAUUUCCCUCUUUUUAAAUAUGUCUUUAAAUACAGAUACACCUUUCAAUAAAAGAGUAUAGUAACAAACAAUUAAAUAAAACCUAUGAUAAAAGGGAAAUUUGUAAUCUAAUAAAAAUGCCUUUUAUUUGAGACAUAAAAUUCAUGCAUUUAUGAAAUAUCACUGCUGUCAAAAAUAUACAAAUUUAUGUGUGUGUAUAUAUAGAGAGAGAUAUAUAUCAGCAACCAGUAAUCUAAGAUAGGGAUAGGAAAUGGGUAUCAUCCUAAUGUAAGAACAUUACAUAAAGUAAAUAAAAUGCAUUGAUAAGCAAAAAGAUUACAGAUGUAAAAAAUAAAGUUUCUUUUAUUUUGUGAUUGGUCAUGUAUACAUUCUCAAUCCGACAUAAGUUUAUUAUUAAAUCAGAUUGACAUUAUUCUGGCCUUAAAAUGUUUCUUGUGAGCAAGCUCACCAGCAAACUAACGGAACGUCGGUGGUUCUUCUUAACUGCCCGUUUUUUGCCUGAAGAAACACCUUGAGGGGCACCUGAGGAAUUCCUUCAUCAGUCAAGAUGGAAAGUUGUCAUAUGCC